AUGGGUCAGAUUCAAGCUUUCGCAGUGGCCUUUCUCACAUCCCUUGCGCUGUUGCCUACAGUAUUAGCUGCUGAACUCUGUCAGGCAAACCAAUCUUGCUGGCCUUCGGUCGACGCAUGGUCGACCUUCAACACUUCCAUAGGCGGUCAACUUGUCGCACCGCACCCUCCCGGGUGGGCAUGCCAUGAUCCCAACUAUGACGAAAUAGCCUGCAACGACUUCAAGGCAAAUUGGAACAGCUCCUUCUGGCGCGCUAACCAAACCGGUGCAAUGCAAAACCCUAUCUGGGAUAGCCUCCAAUGUAGUUUUGGGUCUCCUCGGGAUGAAACAUGUGAUCAAGGAUUUGUUCCUUAUUACUCGGUCGACGCACAAAGCGAUAUACACGUAAUUGAAGCUGUAAAGUUUGCAGACAGGUAUAACCUGAGCCUAGUGGUAAAGAGUACCGGUCAUGAUUACCUCGGGCGGUCAAGCGGUGCUGAGGGUUCGUUCAGUAUCUGGACACACAACCUUCGUGGCAUUGAUUUUACCAAUUCAUUUGUGGCCAGUGGAUGCUCACAGAAUGAAACUGCUCUCCCCGCAGUCACGGUCAAGGCGGCCGAGCAGUGGCUAGACGUAUAUAAGGCAGCAGACGCACAUAACGUUUCUGUGGUUGGUGCCACAGCGCGAAGUGUGGGAGCUGCCGGUGGCUGGGUACAAGGAGGAGGACACAGUAUGCUCAGCGGGUUAUUUGGCAUGGGUGUAGACAACGUUUUACAGUUUACUCUAGUUAAGCCAGACGGCCAGACUGUACUGGUGAGCAAAUGCCAGAACCAAGAUCUGUUCUGGGCUCUUUGUGGGGGUGGAGGUAGUACAUGGGGAGUUGCUUUGGAUGUUACAUACAAGACGCACCCUCCUGUCAACGUAAAUGUGGUAAGAAUGAUCUUGAACGCAACCAAUGCAGGGAAAAUAGCGGAACUAUCCGAGGUUAUCCUAGGAGCCCUGCCUGGUAUCACUGACCAAGGAAUUCGAGGGUAUGGUGUCUGGGGGCCACCUACUUCUCUCAUGGUCCUUUUGAUCCACCCUAACAGUUCGUCGCUGCAGUCUACAAACAACACACUUCGACCUAUAUAUAACUGGAUAAAUAAUAAUAGUGAUACUGAAGCCCAAAUUACUACUUCCGCUCAUCCAACCUUUUACGACAUGUUCAACAAUUAUAUUCAAGAUCCUAGUAUUGGUGUUCCUAUCUGGUUUGGGACUCGCCUUGUCUCUCGAGAGGCCUUUGCGAAAAACUCAAAAGAACUUCUCAAGUACAUUUGGGGAGACGGAAAGCGUUUGGGUGCUAACUUCAAUAUCAUUGGGGGAGGUGCAGUCAGUAGAGUUGACCCAGAGUUGACCAGUCUGAACCCUCAAUGGCGUAAAGACGCCAUUGUAAAUUGGAUUUUUGGUGGAGGUUGGGCCGCCAACGCGAGCGCUGAAGAAAUUGAGCAAAUCAAAUCAGACACAACACAGAUUGUUCAACGAUUUAGUGAAGUCGCUGGACUUGACGAUGCUGCGUACUUCAACGAAGCAGAUCCGCUCGAGCCUCAAUGGAAAAAAUCAUUCUUUGGAUCACAUUAUGAUCGCUUGUUGAAGAUUAAACAGGGAGUGGAUCCCAAGGGUCUCUUCAGGUGCAAUCGAUGUGUUGGUUCCGAUUUGUGA